AUGUAUUCCAAAAGGCUUCUCCUUGCGCUUCAAUGCGCCGCAGUAUCAUGCUCCAGCCUACGACCUCCAAUCGAACGGCGCGCAGUAACAGAGAUACCUCCAGACUCAUUCAACUCAAUAGAUACUUAUUGGAAUUAUCUUUACCCUUGGGGUCCUACACAUAAUGGCGGCGCGCGAAUGGACGAAGAACACGUCUCAGUCACCGACGGCGUCUUGACUCUAACUGCCGAACCAAGAGACGACCAAGAGGAUCCUAUUCACUACCUGUCUGGCGCGAUCCACGCCAAAUCAACCUUUACCGUCGUCGCAGGCGGCGGAUACGACAUAAAUGCUGAAUUCAUCGCCCCAGUCGAUAAAGGAACGUGGCCGGCCUUUUGGCUCAACGCCGCAAGCGGAUGGCCUCCGGAGAUUGAUAUUGCAGAGUGGAAAGGCACUGGAAAGAUUUCCUUCAACACAUUCAACACUUCAGAUGAAGUCACUGCACUCGAUAGGGAUUAUCCAAACCCUACAGAGUGGCACUCUGUUCGUGCUGAGUUGAGAGAUGAGAAUGGGGCGGAUGUGAGAGUCAAGUUCUUCCUUGAUGGGGUUGAGCAGACGACACAGUAUGGGAGGGACUACAUCGGUGCUGGACUUCGUUUGAUUGUGAAUUAUCAAACUGAGGGAUCUUCUGGUUCGCCUGGACCUACGACUCGCAAGUUGUUCCUCUCUGAGAGAUUAGCUAUUUGA